CUCGCGCUAGCAUCUAGCUUUUGUUUCAUUUAGAAUUUAUUGCGUCUUCAUAUCAAUUUUUUUUUCCUGAGGAUCCUUUUCUGAUGAUGUUUGGAGACACUGGAUUUUGUUUUUCCUGAGGAUAUAUACUUUUUCUGAUGAUUGGAGAGACUGGAUUUUGUUUUGCGACGGGGAAUCGCUUAUUAGAGAAUGGUUACUAUCCGGAGAGUUUACAAGUGAUCUUUCCGGAGUAUGCAAUGGAUUUCUUGGGAGCAGCUAACGUUUGAUAAGGUAUAUAAGUAGAAAGAACAAGCUGGCCCCUUUUCUGAAGGUGAUUUCCAUGGCUAUACCCGCUGCCACUGGCUGUGCGUUGCUGCUGUCCCCUGCCUUCUCAAGCCCAGCCAUCAGGGGCACAAGCCUCAUUAGCACUGCUCAGUCACAUCACUACUCGACGAGUGCCGUGGAGAUUGACCCCAUGAUUCUCAAGAAGCUGCUCGCCGAGCAGUUAACUUGUUCUGGACUCUCAAGCGACUGCCUUUUGGAGAUCCAAACGGUGAAGUACCUGCAGGCGCUCACCCUCAUAUUAAUUGUGUCUGGGAUUGGGGGUGUCUGCUACAUUGGACAGAAUCUGAUGGAUCGGGGGUCAGAGAUUGCGGGGCAGCUGAAAAAGCAUGCCCCGGAAAUCUUGGGCAGCAUCUGCAAUGAGGCUAUCUUCCAGAUGAAGAUACCAUUCAUCGGCAGCAAAGAAAGCCAGUUCGAGUUGAAGGACUAGUGGUUUAACGACCCCAACAAGUCACUAAGCAGGCUAGAGCAGAGGGCGAGGCGUGCGUUGGCCAUGCAAGAGAAGGACCGGAUUCGACGUGAGGAGUUCAAACGUGCUGAGGCGGAAAGGAAACGUGCGGCUGCGCCUCUGUACGAGCAGUACAUGGCCAGGAAGGAUUUGAAUGAUAUGAAGGUGAUGGAGCAGCUACGCGAGGAGAGGAUGAGGCAUGAGGAGAGGAUGAGGCGGUUGUUGGGGAAUAUGUAGGACAGGACACAUAGACAGCAGCCGGUCUGAUAAGCUGUGCGGUCGUGGGUGAUGGACCCGGUUUUGACACUGUUGGCAAUUGCUGCCAUACUCCCUUUGUUCCGAAUUACUUGUCUUAGAUUUGUCUAGAUACGGAGGUAUCUAGCACUAAAAUGAGUCUAGAUACAUCUGUAUGUAGACAAAUUCAAGACAAGUAAUUCUGAUUCUAAACCGUCUGUCUGUCAAAUUGACUUGAUUAGUCAGCUUUGAACCUGACCGUGUGGGUGUCUAGCCGCCCUGAUUGAUGCCUUUUUUGUCCGUACA